CGCGUGUAAUCAGCUGGUGGUAAAUUGCGCGAGAAAAAUCAAACAAAAUCCAACACGCUAUCACGCCCUGCGCCCCGAUAAGAGCAACAGCAAGUUCGCAUUUUCCAUCUGGGACACGUAGGAACAAGUUCAAGAGCAGGCCUGCCUCGGCAAAUGUAACAAACCGUGGUCCAACACAUCAGCCUGGCCAUGACAUUCGACAGUGAACGGAAGAAGCGUCUCGAAAUGUGUUGUGGCGUGUACGGAACGAAUAGUAAUAACGGGGCGGCGGCGGCCGCGGCCAAGCUUGGAGAACGGAGGCGACGGCAAAGUUCCACCUCGUCGGAUCACUCGGUGGCGGGUGGUUCACGGCGCAGAAAUCGGACGGAGAGUAAAAGCGAGCAGCGGUCACCGCCAGCACCGCCAUCCCAGUCUUCAGCACAAUCCUCGCUCUGGUGGAACGAUCGGCAGACGAAAAAAUGCAACGUGUUCAUCAUCUUCGCUAGCGGAGCCCUGUUUUCGAUGGUGGCCUUUGCGCUGCUCAACUUGAUCCCCACACCACAACAUCCGCCCACGAAUCGGCCCACCAACGGUCGGGCGUUGUUUGCUUCCAAUCCGCGCCAUCUUCCCGCCGGAUCGAUGCUACGGUUGGCCGAUGAAACACGGGUCAUGGAACCGUAUCUACCGGUGCGGAAGCAGGCACUGCCAAAUGCGGGCCAGGAACGUACUGCCACGCCGAGCAGCGACAGCGUAACGAACGAACAGGAAGCGCUCGGAUCGUUGAAGAUGGCCCUCGAGAUGAAACUAUCGGGAAAGGAUGAUAAAGCGCUUCGGUUGUUUCAGCACGCGCUAGCACUGUCACCGAGGCAUCCGGAGAUACUGACCAAAUACGGUGAGUUCCUGGAGCACAACCAGCAGGACGUGGUGUCCGCCGAUCAGUACUACACGCAGGCGCUUACCGUGAAUCCGUACUACUCGGAAGCGCUGGCCAACCGCGAACGUACCGCACAGAUCGUGGAGCAAAUGGAUGCCAAACGGUUCGAGCAACUGGACCGAAAACGGGAUGCCCUGAGUGCGGUGCAUCUGUCCAAUAUGGCACUGAAGCGAGCGGAAAAGGAAGCUUACAUCCAGCACAUCUAUCACUCGGUCGGAAUCGAGGGUAACACGAUGAGCUUGGCACAGACACGAUCGGUACUCGAGACCCGGAUGGCCGUCGAUGGGAAAAGCAUCGAUGAGCACAACGAGAUCCUCGGUCUGGAUGCGGCCCUCAAGUACAUUAACGCGACGCUGGUGAACAAAAACGACUACAUCACUUUGAAGGACAUUCUCGAGAUUCAUCGACGUGUGCUGGGACACGUCGAUCCGAUCGAAGGAGGUGAGUUUCGGCGAACGCAAGUGUACGUCGGUGGACACAUUCCGCCCGGACCGGGUGAUUUAGCCAUCCUGAUGGGUCGGUUCGAGAACUGGCUCAACUCGGAGCAGGUAUUCCUGAUGCAUCCGGUCAAGUAUGCGGCCAUGGCACACUAUAAGCUCGUCCACAUCCAUCCGUUCAGUGACGGGAACGGGCGUACGUCGCGGCUGCUCAUGAAUACGCUCUUGAUGCGUGCCGGCUAUCCACCGGUCAUUAUACAGAAGCAGCAUCGGCACAAGUAUUACGAUUUUCUGCAGCUGGCCAACGAGGGAGAUAUCCGGCCGUUCGUCCGGUUCAUCGCAGACUGUACCGAGCGAACGCUCGACCUGUACCUGUGGGCCACUAGUGAGCUGUCGCAUCCAGUGCCGCUGCUCGCCCAGGACAGCAUGGAUGAGGGUAUGCCGUUGAUAAACAGUUUCGACGGAAGCGAAGGUGGCAGCGGUGCCGGAGACACGAUACGGAUAGGCGUGAUUUGAUGUUGGCUUCCGGUGGCACUGGCAGUAGACGCGUUUCGUAUUUAGCACCUCAUCGCUUCCAUUUAGCUCUGUAAAUAGCAUGGGAUCCGUUUUUUAUGUACUCUUGUAUGAGAUAUUUGUUCAGCCGUUUUUUUGUAAUUUUAAUCGUACAAUAUUGCUUUUAUCCUGAAGAGGGCCCCACACCGCUUAUGGCAUAGUCAUGCAAGCACAACAACGGGAACACUUCGCGCACUACGGAACCGACCGGAUUUCAAAACUUCCAACCAAUCGAAACGCACAGCGCAAUCGAAGACUACUAGAAGGGGAUGAGAUAUUGUGUUCGGCGUCCCCAAAGCCCGCGAUUCAAACGCCCAAUCCAAGUAAGCCAAAUGGGAGAAAGUGUGUAGCGCAACCGGUACGGUGCGGUGUGGAAAAAUCAACCAAAAACGCUAUCAAACUGUAGUCACUCGAAACUAAAUGGGUCCUAUUUUCGUGCAGCUGUGAUGUUUUAGUAACUAACUUGUUGAUAUUUAAAGGAAAAGUAUAAUAAAAUAGCAAAUUUUUAGAUUUA